AUGGGUCCAGGCGUAAUUGUAAGCCAUUCAGUCAGCCAGCCUAUCGUUCCGCCAACAACUGUGCUCACCAAGGGGACAGUGAAGGAGACGGGAGGGAAGUUCACCGCAGCUCCAGUGACUCUGUUUGUUUUCGAGGAAGGGCAGGCCAUGUAUGGGUGUGGAGCGCAACUGGCCUUCCAGGUCAACUUCACCGUCGCAAUCUUGCCCCGAUCAGGCCCCACGGGCAGCGGAGGCUUUGCCUUUGUCAUCUCGUCAACAGACCAACUUGGAAGCGGAUCUGGUGUGGGGUAUAGUGGAAUGGACAGCCACAGCAUAGCAGUUGAAUUCGACACUCAACAAGACAAGCAGCAGGGGGACAUGCUCAACCAGCACGUGGGGCUGAACAUUCAAGGCCAGAAAAGGUCGCUAGCUGCUGUGAAGGCGCCAUUUCCUCUUAAUAACAAGAAGCCGUACACGUCAUGGGUGGACUAUGAGCCUGGGGAGCCCGGCACCAUCCAGGUGUUCCUGGCUGCUUCGGAGGUGAAGCCAGUGGAGCCGCUGCUGGAGAGGAGGGUGGCGCUGUGUGAGGUGCUGCAGGCUGGAGCGGAGCAGCAGGCGUUCUUCUUUGGCUUUGUGGCGUCCACUGCAAAGCCAUUCCAGAUGCAACUUAUCCUCAGAUCAGCACUGCACACAGCGUCAUAUGCGCCAGUGGGAGCCAGUCCCUUCAUGCGCUACAUGAGUGUGGACUACCAAGGUUUGCCCAACCAGCCGAAUGAAUGGCACGUCAGCAGCUCCCUUUCCUGGGACUCCAUGUCCUUCCUUGGCUGGCCCGUCAAGAACCAGAAGGACUGCAGUGAGUAG